AGCGACAGACUGUAAAUCUGUUGAAGUUUUUCUACGUAGGUUCGAAUCCUGCCUCUCCCACUUCUUUGUUGUAGACUUCAGAGAAGAGAAAAGAGGCAUUCGUCAGCGUAGGAAGGCCAACCGAGUGAAGCUCUUUUUUUUGGCCGUGCCGUGAAGUGAAAUUGUAUCGUAUGUUAGUUAGAGAGGUUGGCGAACUACUACGAUCUAUAGAUUCCCCAUCUAUAUCCAAUCCCAACGAGAAUAGAAGCCAGUCGCUUCCGGCUUGUCUUGUAGUCGUAGUCUUUUAGCUUAUGUAGUCGUCGGCCUUCCUCCGCCAGAAUGCCUCCUUGGUUCGGGACGAAGCCAAGCCGAUACAUACGAUAGGCGAAGGAAAGACCCCCUAUUUCAUAGCGCCUGGGGAACGCAAGUUUGAUCGAGGAUUGGAGGGAGGAGAGGUGGAAGAAAAGGCUCGGGAUGGAUUUAGGAGUCUUUGUGCGAGCCGUAUGCGGUGAGAAUCGCACGUACGGUAACGAGGGGGGUUCGCGUCUAUACGUGUAGUGUGGUGCUUGGGCCUACCCACCCUAUUUGUUCCAUGAUCUAUGGGUCUACUGGAGCUACCCACUUCGAUCAAUUAGCCAAGAUUUUGACCGGAUACGAAAUCACUGGUGCUCGAUCUAGUGGUAUUUUUAUGGGGAUUCUAUUUAUCGCUGUAGGAUUCCUAUUCAAGAUCACUGCAGUUCCUUUUCAUAUGUGGGCACCUGAUAUCUAUGAGGGUUCACCCACCCCGGUUACAGCAUUCCUUUCUAUUGCGCCUAAAAUCUCUAUUUCUGCUAAUAUUUCACGUCUUUCUAUUUAUGGUUCUUAUGGAGCUACAUUGCAACAAAUCUUCUUUUUCUGCAGCAUUGCUUCUAUGAUCUUAGGAGCACUGGCCGCCAUGGCCCAAACGAAAGUCAAAAGACUUCUAGCUCAUAGUUCAAUUGGACAUGUAGGUUAUAUUCGUAUUGGUUUCUCAUGUGGAACCAUAGAAGGAAUUCAAUCACUACUAAUUGGUAUCUUUAUUUAUGCAUCAAUGACGAUAGAUGCAUUCGCCAUAGUUUCAGCAUUACGGCAAACCCGUGUCAAAUAUAUAGCGGAUUUGGGCGCUCUAGCCAAAACGAAUCCUAUUUUGGCUAUUACCUUCUCCAUUACUAUGUUCUCAUACGUAGGAAUACCCCCGUUAGCCGGCUUUUAUAGCAAAUUCUAUUUGUUUUUCGCCGCUUUGGGUUGUGGGGCUGACUUACUAGCCCUAGUGGGAGUAGUGACUAGCGUUAUAGGUCGUUGGGCGGCCGGAAGGUUGCCACGAGUAAGUCAGUUUGGGGGACCGAAGGCAGUUCUCCGUGCACCGGACACGUAGCUUACCGAAUCAGUUGCGACACGGAUGGGAAUGCAUGCUACGAAAGAUAGGGUCGAGUCUGAUACAUCAACCGUCUACUCAAUAUCCUUGUACGAGUCCACAAUCAGUACACGAGAUGAACCUUGGUUUGGUGAAUUGAAGUUGGCCUUAAGUGUAAUAGGACUCCCAGUUACUGCGCGCGAUCGUAUACUGAGGUGCUCCCCGCCGGUUGUUGGAACGACGCGAGCCGGGCCGGGUCUCGAUUCAGAAAGAUGAAGGGCCCGAAAGUCUAAAUAGGGGGUUAGAAAUUCCCCAUCUCAUUGGGGGCGGAAAACGAAUCGACAUCUCGAGGUUUAUAACCUACCUUUUCUAUUUUAGUUGGGAAAGAACGGCGAAGUCCAUCCGAACCGUCCAAUGAAGAAUAAGAGGAGAGCAAAGCGCCAAUUGCGCGCGAAGCGCAUGCGGAACGGAGAAAAAGAAGUGUGGAGGAGAAGCAGCCGAGCUCAUUCCCUUCGCUUCCUGGGCCCAAAGCAGUGCAGUCUUUCCUCGCCAAAUCAAGGAUUUGGGGCUUCUUGCUACGCUACAACAGAAAUCCAUUUUAAUUAGUAAUAUAUAUGAAUAGAAAUAUAGAUCCAUCCAUCUAUCCUAUCCGAUUUAGAUAUCUAAAAAAGAAUCGAUUUCAUUCAACGUUUGAUUCAAAGAACUGUGCUUAGCCCCCCUGCUCAUGAAAGGGCUCCGCUGCAAUGGAUGGCAGAGGGUCCGUAGUACCCGAAGCACUGGAGUAAUCCAGUAGCCGGGAAGGGGCCUAGAAGUGCCUACUACUACACCACACUACACUUGGCUCUACACAUUUACAAAGCUAACCCCUGUCCAGUGCCUGGCAGAGCUAAGGGGGCUUCAAUCCUUACUCUUUAUCCCCAUCUUCGCCCAGGCUAACGGGGCCUUACUUAUUCAGGUUCAGGGAGGCCUCGAAAAGCACUGUUGAGAGGAAGAUCCUUGGCCCCUCUUCAUUCUCUACAGGGUUCCAAACCCAACAUAGGUGACAACGAGCGAGGGUCCGAAGGAGAAGAGAUCAAACACGGGAAUAAGAAUAAGAAAUUCCUUUUUUCUCAUUUUGAUAGAGGGGGAUGGAGAAAGUGGACAAAACAGACUCGCAUUUCUCAUCGAAGAAAUAGAGGAAAAGAAUCAUAUUGAAAACUUUCCUAACCCACCUUCGUAGAGCCAUGUAUUGUAAGUGAUCCGAACCUGCCCGGAGCGCGCCUCCCAUAGAGGCAAGUGAAGUUGGUGAGCCGUAUGAUGGGCAACUAUCUCCUGCGGUUCGGAGAGGACUCAGCUGUUAGUUAGUAUCCCCUUGCUUUCGGGGUGGACCCUUUCACUCUAUUUUAUUAUAUACGCUUAGCGAAAAGAAUGUUUUUUGAUACACCUAGGACAUGGAUUCUAUAUGAACCAAUGGAUCGUGACAAGUCGUUACUACUAGCAAUGACUUCCUCUUUCAUUACUUCAUUCUUUCCAUAUCCCUCUCCUUUGUUCUCAGUUACUCAUCAAAUGGCACUCAGUUCAUAUCUUUAAGUUAGAUCAUCGACAAGGUUCAAAGAAAGGG